AUGGCGAAGGACCAGAAGAGUGAAGAAGAUGAACAGAGGAAGUUCGAGUUCUCAAUUUUUGUUUCGAGUGCCAAGACGCGCUAUUGUAUCAUUGCCAAUUUCUACAGCACAGCAAACAGGCCUCCAUAUCCUUUCCCGUUCAUCAUGAAGGUACUCGCAAUUCUCGGAUUUCUACUCCUGUUCCCCAUACUUUUCUUCAUCGCGUUCCUCGCAUUGUCGUCCUGCAUGGGCGAGAAUUUCCGCGCAAGAAUAGCCGGCAUGACCUUCAGCCCUCGAAACACAUCCUUUGGCCGCUUCUACGCCCGUGGAAUGGGCUCGGGAGCAGGACAAGCAGGCUGGGAACAGAUCGAAAUGGAGGACAUGCUUGGGGACGAUUCCCAUUCGGAUUCGGAGUGA